AUGGAUCCUGAACACGAGUUCGGUCUCUCUUGCCCAUUUGGAGGCGUCUUACACCUCUUUUUCCAAUACGACUACAGCUUCAUCGGUUGCUGCGGCGUUGAUCCGUGCACCGGGGCGCUCAGUGGACAAUGUCCCGACGACGAGCUACACCCGCUGAGCUUCGUCGCUUCGAAAGGCGGCGACUUAGUCCAGCAGAGCUGUCAGGAGCCCUACGACGAGAACUCAUGGCUGCUGCAAAAACAAUCCGUGCAACGAGGGAUGUGCACCGGGAAACCUGAUCUCGGCGAGAGUCAGCGACAAUCGCGCAACGCAUCGCAGUUCGUAACGGGCUGGCCUUAUCCUUCUCCGAUCCCUGGAACCUCGACAACGCAGACACAAACCAAGACACCGACGUCGAGUCCGACAGAGACCGCAGAGGCCGACGGCGGCUCGACGUCUCGGACUGGGUUGAUAGUCGGGAUCACGAUGGCUGGUGUGAUAAUCCUGCUUGCCGUGCUGGGAGCAUACCUCUGGUGGAAGCGGAAAGAAAACGCCCGCCUGGAGCAGGGAUACGCCCGACCGCCUGAGAAUAGGCAACCCGAAGUAGCAGAGGAGCCCCAGGUCCUAUUUCGAGAUGCGGUAGGGACACCGGUACCGGUACCGGUAGCGACUACGCUGCGAAUCACCAACCCCGAUGACCCGAACAAUCUCGCAGUCGCGUCGAACCGUCUGAAGUCAGAGUCGGGGUCAUGGGCACCGCGCGAUGUGCACAGCCGGCACACUUCGAUGUUAUCGGAGCUCAGCGGUAAUGACUUCAUGCCGAUGCAGGAGCGGCCCGCCGCAGCGAACUUCAAGCACAUAUCUGAACUCGAAGGUAGCGCAGUAAGCAAACCUGCGCGGGAGGGUCUGUCCGACAUGCAUCGUUCACAUGGGACGAACUCAUAG